AUGUCGCGCGCCGCCCACCUCGAUUCGAUCUCUGGCGCGAUCGUUCCAGCCGGCGGCGUUCCUCCCGCCGGUCUCCCACGUCAACUCGGCCCGGUCUUCCUCUCCUUUGAGGCUGCCAACUACACCAAGUGGGCUAUCUACAUGCGUGCGUCGCUCGGCCGGUCCGGUCUUCUUGGCCAUAUCGACGGCACCGUCGCCGCCGCCGCUACCGACCCCGCCUGGACCUCCGACGACUACAACGUCCUCAACACCCUGCACGCCGCCAUCGACGAGGACGUCGCUGACAUGGUGCUCGCCAGCCACCAGACGGCGCGUCAACUCUGGCUCGCCAUCCUCGAGCUGUUCUCCGCCAACAAAGCUAGUAAGGCGAUCUACCUCGACAACGAUUUUCGUCAACUUGUGCAGGGGGACAUGUCGAUCACCGCCUAUUGCCGCCGGCAGAAGCAGCUCUCCGAUGCCCUCGCCGACAACGUCUCCCCGGUGAACAACCGGGCCCUCGUCCUCAACACGCUGCGUGGCCUCGGUCCGCGGUUCUCCUCCACCGCCACGAUCAUCUCCAUGACCGAGCCGCUGCCGACGUUUCUCCGCGUCCGCAGCAUGCUGCUUAUGGAGGAGAUGCAGCAGGCCAACGCUGCUGCCAACGCCGCCUCGACUGCCCUCGUCGCCCAGGCCCGAGCUCCUCCUCCUCCAACCUGCACCGGCACCGCCUGCCGUGGUGACUCCUCCACCUCCGGCAAGCCCAAGCCGGCCUAA